AUGAACUAUCAUUCAAAUCCCUUAAGAGCUGGACCGUCUGGACCUAUGCUCCCGAUGACAUAUGAUGCAAAUAUGAAUCCUCGAAAUGCAUUCUUGCUUGAUGGUACAACACCAGCCUCUGUCCAGGAAAGAUUAGCCGCAGUCUUGGAAGAUAAUCGCCGACGUAAAGCAAGACCAUCAGAAAACGCUUACCAGUUUUCCCAGAGUCAUGUCUCCCAUGCAAAUCAACCUGAUCAUCAAUUUCCAAUUCAAGGCAACUUGGCUCAAUCUUAUGCUCAGCACCAAGAUGCUGAGUCAAAUGAUUUUAAUAUUGAUCGAGAUUUGCAACAUGAGUGCAGUCAGCUCGAAAAUUCUCAUCGGAGCUUCAUGAUCCAGCCGAGUAUGAACACUUUCACACACUCAUUAUCUAAUAACAAUUUUGCGCAGAGAGAUGGGGAUUAUAUGGCUAGACACCAUGUUCUUUCCGGAAAUACCUCCGAAUACGUAGCAUAUAAUCAGGCUGGACAGCUAAGAGCUCCCCCAAACAGAUUUUCUUUUGGACCAGCAGCAGAAAAUAGAGCAGUAACACUCCAGUAUACCAACUUAGACCCUAAUGAGCCACAGAUCUUCUCAAAACAAGUUGGAGAACACACAAUUCCUAGCAGCGAUCUAAUUAUUCCGGAAGCUCUAAAGUAUUCUCAGGCUCAACAUCCUUCUUCUCAAAAGAAUAGAAGACCUCGUAAUGGAGGACAUAUAUGGACCAACUAUAAUCAUUUUGCCGGACCCCAACAGCAACGAGCAUACCGCCAAUCUCCCAAUCAGCAAAGUGCCAGGCCCCAAUAUAUAGAGAAUAGUAGACAUACCAAUGUAUAUAAUCCGGUAGAUCUAUACGACGAAGAAGCUUGGGCACAACGACGACACGAAACUGGACAAAUUUCUCCUCCGAUCAACUAUUUUACUCAAUUUGCGUCUUUCAGCGCGUCUUAUUCCGGUAGUGUCACUCCCACCUACACCCCUCUCCAAAGCACAAAUCAUGAUAUUCAAACCCCAACUUUUCCACCAGCACCUCAUUUUCCCUCCGAUGCAACACAUCAAUUCGAUAACCGAGUCCAAACUUAUAAUCCGCACACCAUAACGUCUAUGAACGCCGAACUCGACCUACCCCCCUCCAUCGAUCCCUACGCCUCUCAAUUCAGUCUUGCCCCAUCCCGCAAGCUCCAACGACGAAACGGCUCAUUUGUUCCCUCAGAGGAAGACUCUCAGACCUCCUCCGGAAACUACAAAGGUAAUCCGCGCGCCGGUAUUCGCGGACUUUCCGAUCAUCUCAACUGUGCCCUCUGGCUCACCAAUCUCGCGGCUGACAUUCAAGCACACGAAGUUUUCGACGAAAUCCAUAUCGGUGCCGUUACCGCCUUUGAGAUCACUCGUCCGCAAGGAGAUUACAUCAUGUCUGCAGCAAAACUCGUCUUCAAAUAUCCUGAAGCCGCUGCGCGGUUCAAAGACCAAUGCGAAAGCGAAGAGGGAGUUGUUAUUCGCGGACGCAGAGUCAACGCACGUUACAACACAUUCGGAUAUCGUCAAUAUAAGAGUGAAGGUAAAACUCGUAUGAUAUCUAUUGAAGGUCCAAGUCGCUACGUAAUAUAUGAUCAUUUCAAGGUAUUUUUUGAAACCUUUUGCGAUCAUGAGUUGUCCGGUUGGGAAUAUGUUGAGACGGCUGUGAAAGGAAAUCGAAAGAUGAUUAUGGGGUUUGCGAGAAUUAAUGGACAGGCAACGCAGUGUUUGGAGGCAUUGCAGAUGCAUCCUGUUUAUGGAGUACAUUUGAUUGUGGACUAUGCACCGGAUCCUUGUGCGAGGGAUUCCCCGUAA